GAAUCACAAUUGACAGAUAACUUUUUUUGCGAAUGCGCUAUUACAUAACCUCACAGUGUUUACAAACAAAAAAUUGUAAAAACUUAUCAAAACACGGAAGAUAAGUCAACAAAUCGCAAAAAAUGGAUCAACAAACAACCCCCAACGGUUCCGGGUUCGUUUAUUUCAACACGAGUUCAAAUCAAGAAUAUCAAAACCAAUCGGACACGGCUGACUUUUUGGCCUUUACUGACACUCCCCAAGCGUCUCCUCCCACUAACAAGUUUAAACCUGCUUACUACAGCAGCCCCCAGUCGAAAUUCCACAGGGGGAGCCCCCGACAAUACCCCCAAAAUAAUCGGAGGUAUCAGCGUUGGUCGGGGGGCUAUAACCGGUCUUACAAUAGCUCAAACUCCAGUUUUAACCAGAGUGGCUCAUUUAGGGAGAGUGACCAAGAGGGCCCUAAUAUCUUAAAAUUCAUACAUCCGUCGUUUCUGGAGGACCCCUGGGCCUCCUUGGAGGCCAAAUUGAAGGAAAAGGGGCAGUUUGACGAUUCGUCGCAAUCAGGGUCCCAGGAAACUUAGCAAUUUUAGCGUCAAAAAAAAAUACAAAUUGUGCAAAUUAAUUAAUUUUAAUUGUAGGUUUAAAAAAUUGAUAUUUUAUUAAAAACACAGUUAAGAAAA